AUGGAAGGAAAGCCAAUGCGCAGGUGCACCAACAUUCGACCAGGAGAGACUGGAAUGGACGUGACAAGCCGCUGCACCCUUGGAGACCCCAACAAGCUGCCCGAAGGGGUUCCCCAGCCUGCCCGUAUGCCCUAUAUCUCAGACAAGCACCCUCGACAAACCUUGGAAGUGAUUAACCUCCUGCGGAAGCACCGGGAGCUCUGCGAUGUGGUGCUAGUUGUGGGCGCUAAGAAGAUCUAUGCCCACCGAGUCAUUCUGUCAGCCUGUAGCCCCUACUUCCGAGCGAUGUUUACAGGAGAAUUGGCGGAGAGUCGGCAGACAGAAGUAGUGAUCCGAGACAUAGAUGAGAGGGCUAUGGAACUGCUGAUUGACUUUGCGUACACCUCCCAGAUAACUGUGGAAGAGGGCAAUGUUCAGACCCUCCUGCCAGCUGCUUGUCUCCUCCAGCUGGCAGAAAUACAGGAAGCCUGCUGCGAAUUCUUAAAGAGACAAUUAGAUCCCUCUAACUGCCUUGGUAUUCGGGCUUUCGCUGACACACAUUCAUGUCGUGAGUUGCUAAGGAUAGCAGACAAGUUCACUCAACAUAACUUUCAAGAGGUGAUGGAAAGUGAAGAGUUCAUGUUGCUUCCAGCCAAUCAACUCAUUGAUAUAAUAUCUAGUGAUGAGCUAAACGUUCGCAGUGAAGAACAGGUGUUCAAUGCAGUGAUGGCCUGGGUCAAAUACAGUAUCCAAGAAAGACGCCCUCAGUUACCCCAGGUGCUCCAGCAUGUCCGCCUGCCUUUGCUCAGCCCCAAGUUCCUGGUGGGCACCGUAGGCUCUGAUCCCCUCAUCAAGAGUGAUGAAGAAUGCAGAGACUUGGUAGAUGAGGCUAAAAACUAUCUUCUGUUGCCCCAAGAACGUCCACUAAUGCAAGGACCACGGACCAGACCACGGAAGCCUAUCCGCUGUGGAGAAGUCCUUUUUGCAGUUGGUGGCUGGUGCAGUGGAGAUGCCAUUUCCAGUGUAGAACGCUAUGACCCCCAGACCAAUGAAUGGCGAAUGGUAGCUUCAAUGAGCAAAAGGCGAUGCGGCGUUGGGGUCAGUGUUCUUGAUGACCUGUUAUACGCAGUAGGAGGCCACGAUGGGUCCUCUUAUCUAAAUAGUGUUGAAAGAUAUGACCCCAAAACAAACCAGUGGAGCAGUGAUGUGGCUCCUACAAGCACCUGCAGGACAAGUGUUGGCGUGGCAGUGCUUGGAGGAUUUCUUUAUGCUGUCGGUGGCCAGGACGGUGUGUCUUGCCUCAACAUUGUUGAGAGGUAUGAUCCAAAGGAGAACAAAUGGACCCGAGUGGCUUCCAUGAGCACCCGAAGGCUAGGCGUGGCUGUGGCUGUGUUAGGAGGCUUCUUAUAUGCCGUAGGUGGCUCUGACGGGACAUCCCCACUCAACACAGUGGAGCGCUACAAUCCUCAGGAGAACAGGUGGCACACCAUCGCCCCCAUGGGGACCCGGAGGAAACACCUGGGCUGUGCGGUGUAUCAGGACAUGAUCUAUGCUGUGGGAGGCAGAGACGACACCACGGAGCUCAGCAGUGCGGAGAGAUACAACCCCAGGACCAACCAGUGGUCUCCGGUGGUGGCCAUGACAUCCCGCCGUAGUGGAGUUGGCCUGGCGGUGGUGAAUGGACAGCUCAUGGCUGUAGGAGGCUUUGAUGGCACAACAUACUUGAAGACCAUUGAAGUUUUUGAUCCUGAUGCCAAUACAUGGAGGUUAUAUGGCGGGAUGAAUUACCGCCGGCUGGGGGGUGGAGUAGGAGUCAUUAAAAUGACACAUUGUGAGUCCCACAUAUGGUGA